UAAACGUUGAUUUCAUGAUAUUCGAUGAUCCGGUGAUGCAGAAACCAAACCGUGUUAAAUUUGCCGCACUAGGCUUUCGCCCAUUCAUCUGCAUAAGAGCACCCACCACUGGUCAUGGCAAUCGUAGUAAUAAUACUACACUUGGCAACGUUGGAUGUGAUUCUUCCUAACAUGUGCAAAAUAACCACAAAAACCUAACCUAGAAAAUGGCAUCAUUCAAAAAACUGAAUAGUGAAAUUUACAAAAAAAAGAAUGCAAUUUUAACACAAGACGAUUUAUACUGGAAGAAAUUUGGGGCUCCAGUUUUAGUUAAAGAAUAUGGCCCAAUAGACUACAUCGAUUUCUCUCCAGUUGAACCUUAUUACUUUGCGGUGACAUGCUCUGUACGAGUGCAAGUUUAUAAUCCAAUAACGAAGUUGGUAGUAAAGAAUUUAUCAAGAUUUAGAGAGAAUGCGUAUGGGGCCACAUUUCGUUACGAUGGUAAAUUGCUGUGCGCAGGAGGCGAAGAAGCAAAUGUAAAGUUGUUUGAUGUCUCUUCAAAAGGACUUCUCAGACUGUUUAAAGGUCACACGGCACCGGUUCAUAGAACAUUUUUCCUACACGAUAAACCCCAAAUCGUUUCUUUGAGUGAUGACAAAACUGUUAAAUUGUGGGAUAUACCGACGGAAAAAGAAAUUUCAUCGUAUAGUGAGCAUAAUGACUAUAUAAGAGCAGGUGCAAUAUGCAGCUCAAUACCCGAUAUCGUACUUUCGGGCGGAUACGAUAGCAUGAUAAAAAUGUACGAUACCAGAAGCAAUAAACUAGUUUUAUCUGUAAACCAUGGAAGCCCGGUAGAGUCUCUGCUUUACUUACCAUCAGGUGGCAUAUUCUUAUCUGCAGGCGGCACAGAUAUUAAAAUUUGGGAUUCUAUCGCUGGUGGAAAACUUCUAGGUUGCAUAUCCCAACAUCACAAAACCGUAACGUGCUUGCGUCUUGCAAGUGACAACAGACGCCUUUUAUCGGGAAGUUUAGACCGACAUGUUAAAGUUUACGAUAUUAACACCUUUCAAGUGGUGUACACAAUUGACUAUCCUAAUGCAAUUUUAAGUUUGGGAGUCUCAAAAGGUGACGAUUCGGUGGUAGCAGGUUUAGUUGAUGGAUUGGUAUGCGUAAGUCGUAAGAAAGAACAACAGGUUACGAAAAGAGAAGAAAAACUUGCAUCAUACAAAUAUUUGGCUCAUUCCUACACUAAUGCGGUUGACGUAGUUGUACCAGAAAAUGUGAAACAGGAGCAGUCUAAAAUAGAUACUUGCUUUCGAAAGUUUUGUUAUUCAAAAGCUUUAGAUAAGGCUCUACUUCCGUACGUAGCUAAGAAGUAUCCACAGAAAACUGUCGCAGUUAUGCAGGAACUGAUUAGGCGCCGUGCAUUAGAACGAACUUUAAAAGGAAGAGACACCAAGUUCAUUUUACAGAUUUUACGCUUUAUCAGAACAAAUAUCACAAAUUAUCGUUUCACGGUCGUAUUGAUUGACGUCUUUAAUGCAUUUUUAGAUGUCUAUGAAGAUAGUGUGCAAUUACUUCCAAGUGAAGUGAAGACCGCAUUACAAAGCGUGAAUCUUGUAUUGCACAAAGAAGCAGAAUUGGGUAAUCAAUUAACUGCUCUUCAGGGAUCAAUCAGUAUGUUGCUAGCGGGAGCUACAAUGUCGAGUAAACCUACAAACGUAUCUCCACAUAAUUUGACACCGAGUACUGAUGCACAGAAAAGCUUUAUUGUAAAUCUCACUUAAUGCGAAUAAAAAAAUGUUUCUACA